AUGUCCUCCAAGUCCGCCUUCGAUCCGGACACCUUCAAGCUUCCGGCCAGCUACCGCUUCAAGAGGCUGCUCGGCAGCGGCGCCUAUGGCACGGUGUGCGCCUGCACAUACACCCCCCCGCCCGGGCUGGCUCCUCCGGCGGCCGCCCUCCCCCAGGAUGAGGACGGCGAGGAGGGCAACCCCUCCGGGCCGCAUGAUGUCGCGGUCAAGCGCGUGGCUCGCGUCUUCGACCGGACCAUUCUCGCCAAGCGCACGCUGCGUGAGAUCCGCCUCCUGCGGCACUUCCACGGCCACGAGAAUGUCACCGGCAUCCUGGACAUCUUCCGCCUCGGGCCGGAUGAGGAUGCGCCCCCCUCGGCCGAGCCGGUUCCCGACUUGGACGCCACCUUCAACGAGGUGUACCUGGUUCAGGAGCUCAUGGAGGCCGACUUGCACCAGAUCAUCCGCAGUCAGCAGCGCCUGACCAACGAGCACUUCCAGUACUUCCUGUACCAAAUCCUGCGCGGCCUCAAGUACAUCCACUCGGCCAAUGUCCUCCACCGCGAUCUGAAGCCCGGCAACAUCCUGGUCAAUGCCAAUUGCGAGCUGAAGAUCUGCGACUUCGGCCUUGCCCGUGGUCUGGCCGGCCUGGCCAACCCUGACAGUGGCCACCUCAUGACCGAGUAUGUGGCUACCCGGUGGUACCGCGCCCCGGAGGUCAUGCUUUCCUUCCAGGGCUACUCGCUUGCCAUCGACAUUUGGUCCGUCGGGUGCAUCUUCGCCGAGCUGCUCGGCGGGCGCGUUCUCUUCCCCGGACGCGACUAUGUCCACCAAAUGUCCCUCAUUGUCAAUGUCCUCGGAUCUCCCUCGGACGAGGUCCUCACUCAGAUUAGUAGCUCUCGUGCGCUGGACUGGAUGCGCGGCCUCCCCCGGCGCGAGAGGGUCCCCUUCACCACCAUCUUCCCCGGGGCCGACCCCCUGGCCCUGGAUCUGCUGGAGCGCCUGCUGGAGUUCGAUCCCCGGCGCCGGAUCAGCGCUGCCCAGGCCCUUCGUCACCCGUACCUGGCGCUGUACCACGACGCGUCCGACGAGCCGGACUGCCCGUCGCCGGUGGACUUCUCCUUCGAGGCCUUGGAGUCUGUGGCCGACAUUCGCGCCGCCAUCGCCCGCGAGAUCAACACCUACCCGCCCUUCUCCCCGCGCGCGUCCUCCCUCCAGCGCAAGGGUUCGGCCAACCUUUCCGGUGCCGCCAUCAAGUCGGCUGCCGCGGCCGCCGCCUCCAAUGCCAGCAUUGCUGCCUCCAAGGCUGAGGGCACUGAUCCGAUCGGCGCGCCCGGGUCCCUGGAAGAGGAGCUGGCCAACCAGUUCCACCAUGUCUCCAUCUAA